AUGGGUGCAACGAGCUGCAAGCCCACGGAAGAUGGCUGCUGCGCCACGGCGAGCGAGCCCCCGCAAGAGACAGCGCUGGCCGAACCGCAUGGCUCGCUGGACUACCCGCCCCAGACAGAGAUAGAGCCUGUGCACCAGGAGCCCUUGAGCCUGUCGUAUGAAGAGCUGGCUCUCAGGAUUGACAAGACCGACAAGACUCGCAAGUUCUCUCGGGAGACGUCCCCUACGUCGGACACCCAAAGCAGACUGUCGUCGACAUCAUCGCAUCAUUUUGCGCUCGACAGGGAUCUUCUACGGGGUAUCCCGUUGAAAGCGACCCUCCACGGCUUUGGAAAGAUGUGGACCACAUCACCGACGGAUCUCCCAGAUGAUGACACGCGUGAAGCUUUGUGGACGAAGCCUCUCAUCUUGAGGUUCUCCAAAGCCGCACAGGGCGUUUCCCAAAUUUACCCUCAGCCUUAUGGGGUCCCGACGAGAAGGAUGAUCGUACUGCAGGUAGAGUAG